AUGACUGGUCACUAGCACCCUGUCUGCCCUGGCUUCGUGCCGCUAGCCCCAGGUCCAGGCCCAGUGUAGGAGACUGCCCGAAGCACUGUGGGCAGCAUCUGUCCCUUCAGCUGCUCUGCGGUACCCGAAUGCUCAGCUGGCUGUGUCCAAGACAGACAGGUGGGACCGUGGGUCUGUUCUGGGCCAGCAUCCCGGGCCCUCCCUUUUGGAAAGGAAGAUGGGGAGGAGCCAGGGAGGAGGGUCCGGGAGCAGGACUUCAGAAGGCCCCCCUGCCUUUCCUAUCAGGAAACACAUCCUGUUAGUGUCUGGCUGCUGUGGCCGGCAGCUAUUUGUUGCAGUUGGCUACGCCCUCCAGCUCACCAAAAACAGCCUCAAAAACAACCAUUUCCUCUCUGCUGAGAGACAGGGGGAAAACGAACUUGUGGCUACAAGCGCGCGCGCACACACACACACACACACACACAUGCGUGCGCGCUCACGCACGCUCACUUCCCUGCAGCAGGCUCUCUGCUUUCCAGGACCAGCUGUUUUGUGGCGGAGGCACUAGGCAGGGGCUCAGGCAGCACAGAGGCCUCUGAACCCACUCUGUUCCCCGCAGCCCGGCUCAGAGCUACCUUGCUGGCUUUGCUCUGAGGGGUGCUGUCAGCAAACUGAGGCCCGGCUGAUCUGACAUUGACACUUGCUUCUCUUCUUCAGUUACCCUCUGUUCUCCCGCGUGGGGGAGAAGAGGCUUCCAGCGUCCCUGGGCCUCUGCUUCCCAGGAAGACGGCGCACUCAGGACACUGGACUCUUGCUGGUGCCCUGCUGCCUCCCUGGGAUGGGCCAAGCAGCUGCCUUCAGCUCAGGCCUGGCCCUGUUCCAGGUGCAGGAAGGAGGGUAAAGAGGACCGUUAGGUGGGCUCCCCUGCACCUGUCACACGGGCCUUCCCGACCCUCCAAGAAUGAACGGUGAUGUCCUCUAGCCGUCUCUAGCAGCAUCUCAGUUCUCCCUGGCCAUAGCAGCUGACCAGGACUGGGACUUUCUCCACGACAAGCAGACAGCACCGGCAGUCAGCGAUGACUGUCCAGAAACUGGUGGCCACAGCCGUGCUGGUGGCCCUGGUCUCUCUCGUCCUCAACAACGCAGCAGCCUUCACCCCCAACUGGGUGUACCAGACGCUGGAGGACGGGCGCAAGCGGAGUGUGGGGCUGUGGAGGUCCUGCUGGCUGGUGGACAGGGCCCGGGGCGGGCCGAGCUCCGGGGCCAGGCCGGGACAGGCAGAUGCUCGGGACUGCGAGGCCCUGGGUUGGGGCUCCGAGGCGGCAGGCUUCCAGGAGUCAAGAGGCACUGUCAAACUGCAGUUCGACAUGAUGCGAGCCUGCAACCUGGUUGCCACAGUGGCCCUCGCGGCAGGCCAGCUCAUCUUCAUCCUUGGGCUGAUGGGCCUGCCCCUGAUGUUGCCUGAUUCCCAGUGCUGGGAGGAGGCCAUGGCCGCUGCGUUCCAGCUGGCAAGUUUUGUCCUGGUCAUCGGGCUGGUGACGUUCUAUAGAAUCGGCCCGUACACCAGUCUGUCCUGGUCUUGCUACCUAAACAUUGGCGCCUGCCUCCUGGCCACCCUAGCAGCAGCCAUGCUCAUCUGGAACAUUCUUCACAGGAGAGAGGACUGCAUGGCACCCCGGGUGAUUGUCAUCAGCCGCUCCCUGACUGCGCGGUUUCGCCGUGGGCUAGACAAUGACUAUGUGGAAUCACCAUGCUGAGGGUUGCUGGAGAGAGGCUCUGCUAAGGACUUUAUCCACUGUAACGAACAAUCUAGAAACCAAGGGACUGCCUGUGAGGAGGCGGGCAAUUCAUAUGGUUUCCUAUAUAUGCAUAUGUACGAUACACAGGUAUGUUUACUGUUAUAUAUAAAUAUAUUAUAUGAUCAUAUAUUGUCUGUGCCAGCCUCCUCCUGACACACUCACAACCUGGCUUCACGCUCAUGCAUGUCGCAAGGAGACUAAUACCUGAGAUGCACGUGAGGAGCGGUGGCCACCCUGCUCAGCACCCUGGUCUGGGGUUAAUUUAUUCUAUGUCUGCCAAGAGGGGCAUCUGCAGCCACCUUUACUUUGGUGAAGUAGAACACCAGGGAGAUUUUCUGGAACUGGCCGUGAUCUUCCUUGAGUGGCUCAAAGUUUAUAACCAGAUGGUUAUGGCUUUAUGACAAGAUGGAGUUAGAAACGUCUGUUUGCGCUUGAUUAUUUUUCUAAGUUAAAAUAAAAUGCAAACCUCUUACCACUGUCUAAAACGUGUGUUGUAUCCAUCUACACUGCCACAUAGUGAAAAGAAUCUGGUCUAUUUUCUGUCAUUUUUGUGUGCUGGCAGUAAGAGAAGGGUUAAGAUAUUUUUAAAAAUCUGGUGGAAGCAUGGCUUCAGGUCACUCAUGUCCUCAUUCAAGUUUCCAUUCAACUAAGCCUCAGAAGCCCACAUUCCUACAGACUCUGGACACUGUGGUAGUAUAAUGGCAGGUCCACAGUUGGCGGAUUAAGAGGGGAAAAGUCUAUUUGUUUAAAGAAAUUCAGAGAUUGUUCACUGUUUUCCCUUAUAAAAUCUUUAGCUUGUUUUCAGCCAAAUGCUUGGUGGGCUAUAGAAUACCUUCACGAUGCUACACUGAUUUCAAACAACUAAGCUCCAAAAUCUGUGAGGUGAAUGGGCGUAACUCCUCGAGCUGAACAGGAAACAUCUAAAAACUGGCCGCACCCCUGAGGACCUGGGAUGGGGGACAGGGACUGACAGGGACAAGGACAGAUCUCUAAUUGCCGCACUGCUUGAGCUAGCGCCACCUAGAGGUGGAAUCACUGUUGCCAACCUCUGGCCCAAGAAACUGAUCCUGGGAGCUGGCAGGUGCCCAGCGGAGCCAGGGUAAGACACCGGCUAUUACUAGACUGAUCCCUGAGAAAGCAGCUUUGCAGCUUUCAACCUUCCAGAGAAGUGAGGAGACCAGUCCGGAAUUCGAAGCCAUAUUGCCCCAGGAUAGUCAGAACAAAUGGUGGACUGGAGUUGGUGCUUUAAAAAACACAAAGCAAUUGAGAAUGAUUUAAAAGCAUCUUUGGCCUGACCAUCUACAAUAAACAGUAUCCAGUGAAGAAACAGCCAGAUUUCUGUCCCACAACCAGUACCUCGUGGGAACAUUUAGAUCUGAGCUUCUUCCCUCUGAACUUCUUUUCUACAAUGGAUUUUCCCCCAAAUCAUAUGCUAAAAAUAA